UUAGAUUUUCUUUUUAGGUCGUCUGUUCGACGCUUAGUUUUUUCUAUUCCCACUGUUACUGUUACUGCCUGUGCUAUCAUGAGAUUUGGCCUGACAAAUUUAUCUCUGUGUUAAUGAGGUAUGACAACUUGAACAGAUGCACAUACGUACAGGUUCUACAUUUAUGACUGACUGGUAUUCUCAGAAACCUACCACUCUUCAGAUUUUAACAGCAUUUCAUGCAUAUCAUCCAACACCAACAACAGAAGAAUUGUGUACAUCAAAUGUUAAACUAGCCUUUGAACUUAUUCAAGCAGCUGGUAUGGUUGAACCUCCAGCAAAACUUGAAGAAAUUGUUGCAGGCGAUAGCAGUGCUGUAUUACUCGUGUUGUAUGGCAUCUACUCAUAUUGUGCACAUAUGGAGGAUGAACAACGUCGGUAUGAAAUAAAUAAUAUUCGGGAACAAGGUGAGAUGGAUGAAUAUUACGUUAAUAACCAGAAACCUUCUGUACAACAUGGUCUAAUUAAUUUAUCGUGA